AUGAUUUCCACAAGGGUGCUUCGGGAGUCCGCAGAAGGCAUUGGGGAGGAUGGCACAGGAAAGAAGAAAUCCAAAUUCAAAACUUUUAAGAAGUUCUUUGGGAAGAAGAAGAGGAAAGAAUCACCCUCUUGCACAGGAAGCAGCACCUGGAAACAAAGUCGGGAGAAGAGUGAGGACAUCACCUUUGAGUCGGGGCCAGUGGGCUAUGGCUCAGAGGAUGAGCUUGAGGAGUCAAGGGGCGUGCUGGGCAGCCGGGCCCUCUCACACGACAGUAUUUUCAUCCCUGAGUCAGGACAGGAUGCUGCUCGGCCUGUGCGGGUGUUUUCCCAAGAAAAUGUGUCUGAUCGGAUCAAAGCUCUGCAGUUAAAAAUACAGUGUCAUGUGAAAAUGGGGCCACCGCCUCCCCCUGGGGGACUUCCUAUCAAGCGUGGAGAUGAUACUGGCAUGAGCUCUGAGGACGAUGGGCUGCCCAGGAGCCCCCCGGAGAUGUCCCUGCUGCACGAUGGUGGCCCUGGCACAACCGUAAAGGUCUCUUUGGUUUCUUCCUCCCGGCCGCUGUCUCCAGACCACACGAGUGAUGCCUCGGUCUCCCCCCGGACUUCAGACAGCGGCAUCGCGCCCACGGCUGAUUUCAGCUACCCCCCAGAAUUCUCCUCCUGCCUGGACAACUCUGCCGCCAAACACAAGCUCCUGGUUAAGCCCCGCAACCAGCGGUCGAGUAAAAUGAGGCGGCUGUCUUCGCGAGCACAGUCGGAAUCCCUGAGCGAUCUGACGUGCACCCCCGAGGAGGAGGAGUAUGAUGAGAAACCGUUGCCCAAAGUCAGCACAGAGGAGAACCCCAGUUCUGAGCAGCAGGAUUUGGGGCCAGACGGGGACCCUGAGCCGGAGGAGCCAGCCCCGGUGCCACAACCCGGGGGGGCCCGUGCGAGGCGGGCGCGCCUCCAGCACUGCUCGGCACUCUGCACCAGCAUGGAAGAGGGGAGCUCGCCUGCGGAUGGCCCCUCGAGCCCCCCGGCCACCCCAGAGGUCUCUGGACCCGAGUCAGGCCCGGCCCUCUGCUCGGAGGCUGCAUCUCUGCCAGAAGGCUCUGCACACCCUGACCCCGACAGUGAGAAUCGGAGGGAGGGGCUGCCCGUCGCAGACGCGUGUUCCCCAGCUGUGGACGCGGCUGAUGAGGCGGUUUGUGCUUCUGGUGACAGCGAUCGUCGGUUGUCUGUGUGCGCCUCCAGGGAGGACACGGCACGCGCCGAGACUGUCACUGCCACCACCUGGGAGACACCCUCUCGUCUAGAGGGGCCAGAUCAGAAUGUCCGGCAGGAAGCGGAGCUGACCCUGGCUGAGCCCAGUCCUGAGGGAGCAGGGAAGGAGCCUUCUGCAGCCCCUGCCCCAAGCCCACAGCCCCCCAAGAGCUGCUUGAAGCACAAGGCCCAGCCAGUAAGCGUGAGCCGCAGCGCGUCCCCCACGCCUCCUGCCUCCGAGGUGCCCCCGGGGGAACCCGCUCCCUGUUUGCUGGACAGAGAGGCCGCCCCCCCCGAGCUCCCCAAGGCUGACCACGCAGAUUCUCCACAGGGGGGUCCUGUGAGGGCAGCUCCAGAGCAGAAAGUGGAGAGAGGAGGUGGCGAACUGGUGAGCACAAAGAAGCUCUCCGUGUCGUCGUGCCGGGCGCGGCCGCGCGCAGGCAGCGUCCAACCGCUGGAGCAGCCCGGCCCCGGGGACCCCUCGGGUGUCCGGCUGCCCCUUCUGAAGAGCGGCCUGGCCUGGAGGAGCGAGGCAGCACUGGAUGACCUCCAGGUGCUUCCUGGGCCACAGGGCGUGAAACUGGACCCCCAGAAGCCACCAUCCCCAGCAGAGUGUGAUUCCCAGGACUCGGGGGACCCAGUGGCCCAGCAGGCCCUGCUGGGCGGGAGCCCUCAGGAGCCGCCCAGCUGUGAGGACAGAAAUGCCUUUCCCGUCAAGCUCCGGUCCACCUCCCUCUCUUUCAGAUACAGAGAUGGCUCUUCUUCGGAACAGAAGGGAGUAAAAAGAUACAGUGCUGAGGUCAGGUUGGAGAAAGGGGGACUGACUUUGCUCUCCAGAGAUGAAAAAUGUCAGCUCGGGACACCCCCCGGUGCUCGAGGGGCCCGGUCCCUGAACGACCAGGGGAAAGUGAAGGCCCGGUCAUCGGAGCAGCUCAGCUCCAAACCGCCCCUGCCCAGAAAGCCUCUCCUGCAGACCCUCACCCUCCCACAGCUGCCCACGCCCCCUCAGGCGGGCCCGGGGAAGCCGGAGAAAACCCUCCCACCACAGGACUCCAAGAAAGAGAGUAGGAUGGUGGAGAAGAAGUCCCCGCACAGAGUAGCCGCAAAGGGCCUGUCUCCUGCAGCAGCCGGCCCGGGAGCCGAUGGUCAGCCCAUGCCAUCCUGGAUCACCAUCGCUCGGCAGAAGCGCCGAGGGGCCCCGGACCAGCCACCCAACCAGGAAGACAGGCCUGGGGUGCAGAGCCUGAAGUCUGAAGUGGGAAAGCCGGCCAAGACUCCCGAGAGAGCCCAGUAGGAGUCCAGACAAGCCGACUUUGUCCGAAGCAAAUCUUUCCUGAUAGUACCUGCCAAGCCCCCUGUGGAACAGAAGCUCGGGACAAAGCUCGACCUCACGGAGGGGCUGCAGAGAGGAAUCUCAGUGUCCCAUCAGAACUUGGCUCAGUCUGUGGUGAUGAUGGAGAAAGAGCUGAAUCACCUGAAGAGAGCCAGUUAUGCCAGCGUGGAUCAGCCAUCCUGGAUGGAACUUGCCAGAAAGAAAUCGCAAGCCUGGAGCGACAUGCCCCAAAUUAUAAAAUAGGUUGACUGUGUGCUGAUAAAGAAUAUGCGCUACCUUCACGAGCCACCUAGUUAAAAACUGCCAUGAAGUCAUGGCAGACAAACUGUGAAACUGAAGACUGAUUGUAUCAUCAAGUUAUGGGAGAGAGAGCUCUUAGAGGGAAGGACUGAACUAGGCGAAACGAGGACCACAAACAGAGCCAUAAUCCUGGGCCAGAGGUGCCCUAAAACAAGAACAACUUGGAAGAAGGCCAGGAACGUGUACUGUUGUGGCCAAACGGAUGAAUGUGAGUUUUUUUUUUUAGCAUCCCCUUAAAUAAGGAGGGCUCGCUCAGUCAAG